AUGAUUCACAUGUGCAGUACGGAACAUUACCAAUUCUAUCGUAGUUGGAUGUAUGAUAGAAUGUUUCCUGGACGACGUGGGCUUAAACCACUUUUUAUGGAAGGAGUUGCCGCGUUUCUCUCGUAUGCGUUUGCUCAAGAAUGUUGUCGCAGGGAAGGAGGGGUAAGGUGUCCGUGUUUAAAGUGUGGUUGCAGAAAUAUUAUUAGUGACCCUAGUGAAGUGAAGCGUCACUUGGAGAGAGUGGGUUUUAGGCCAAAUUACUGGGUUUGGACAUCUAAUGGGGAAACAAUGCAGGAGAUGAAUAGAGAGGCUUCUAGCAGUCAAACACAUAUAGAACCAGAUAUAAAUAGAGUUGAUCCAGGGAGUAGUUCAUCACAUAUGCAGUGCCAGGAGCAAUUUAAUCUCGUCGAGGAGAUGUUCACUGACGCAUUAGGGGUGAAUGUGGCGUAUGAUGAACCACAAGACUUAGAUGGAGAAGAACUCCCGAAUGAGAAAGCUCAAAGGUUUUAUCAGCUGUUGAAAGAAAUAAAUAUACCAUUGUUUGAGGGGUCUUCUGACUCUAAGCUAUCAAUGUGUGUGAGACUUUUGGCUGCGAAAUCAAAUUGGAAUGUUCCUGAUCAGUGUUUAGAAUUCUUUGCGAGAUUGAUGUUGGACGCGACUCCUGUGAAAGAAAACAUGCCUACAAGUUAUUAUGAUGCAAAAAGGGUGGUGUCGAAGUUGGGAUUAGAAGUUAAAAAGAUUGAUUGUUGCAUUAGAGGUUGCAUGUUGUUUUAUGACAACGAGUUUGGUACAAAUGAUGGGGAAUUGGAGGAAUGUAAGUUUUGCGAGAGUCCGAGGUAUUUAGUUAGCAGUAAAGGAGUUGACCAAAGGCAAAAUCGCGUUGCAGCGAAAUCUAUGUUCUAUCUACCAAUAAUACCUAGGUUGCAAAGAAUGUUUGCAUCAAUGCACAGUGCAAGCCAAAUGGCAUGGCACCAUACAAACAGAAUUAGUUCAGGCAUGAUGCGACAUCCAUCUGAUGGCGAGGCAUGGAAACACUUUGAUAGAGUUCAUCCUGAGUUUGCACUUGAACCUAGGAAUGUCCGACUUGGAUUAUGCUCAGAUGGUUUCACUCCUUAUAAUUUUUCAGGAAAUGCAUAUUCUUGUUGGCCAGUUAUUGUUACCCCGUACAAUCUCCCUCCUGAGAUGUGCAUGACGAAACCUUACAUGUUUUUGACAUGCAUCAUUCCGGGACCGUCGAGUCCAAAGGCUGGAAUCGAUGUUUAUUUGCAACCUUUAAUUGAUGAUCUCAAGAGGCUGUGGGUGGGAGCGUGGACUUAUGAUGUGUCUCGUAAACAAAAUUUUAAUAUGCGAGCGGCUUUGAUGUGGACAAUUAAUGACUUUCCUGCAUAUGGCAUGUUGUCUGGAUGGGGUACACAUGGUAAAAUGGGAUGUCCGCAUUGCAUGAAUCACACAAAAGCGUUUACUUUGGACUUUGGUGGGAAAAGUUCGUGGUUUGACUGUCAUCACUAUGGUGAAGCACGUAGAAUUAAAGGAUAUGGGGUUGACCACAAUUGGACAAAAAGAAGUAUCUUUUGGGACCUCCCAUAUUGGAAGGAUAAUUUAUUGCGUCAUAAUCUUGAUGUUAUGCAUAUUGAGAAGAACUUUUUUGAUAAUGUGCUUAACACGGUGAUGGAUAAUGAGAAGACAAAAGACAAUGAGAAGGCUAGGAAAGACAUGGAACUUUAUUGUAAUCGAAAAGAAUUGGAGUUGAAACCUCGACCAAACGGAAAAUUAUUAAAACCCAAGGCUUGUUACACUCUUACUCCCCAAGAAGCAAAAGCUGUAUGUCGGUGGUUAAAUGAAUUGAGGAUGCCUGAUGGUUAUUCUUCUAACCUGGCAAGAUGUGCUGACGCCAACACUGGGAAAUUGCAUGGAAUGAAAAGUCACGAUUGUCAUAUUUUCAUGGAACGAUUACUUCCAAUUGCAUUCAGUUCACUGCCCAAGAAUGUGCUUAAUCCACUUACUGAGAUCAGUCAAUUUUUUAGAGACAUUUGUGCUUCAACUUUAAGAGUAGACGACAUCAUUAAAUUGGACCGAAAUAUUCCUGUCAUUCUUUGCAAGUUGGAGCAAAUAUUCCCGCCAGGUUUCUUUGAUUCUAUGGAGCAUCUCCCUGUGCAUCUUGCUUAUGAAGCUUUUCUAGGUGGACCUGUUCAAUAUAGAUGGAUGUAUCCAUUUGAACGAUUCAUGGGUGAUUCAAAGCGAUCAGUUAAAAAUAAGGCACGAGUUGAGGGAUCAAUUUGUGCACAUUAUAUACAUCGCGAAACAUCACAUUUUUGCUCUCAUUAUUUCAAUAACAUGAUGUUGUCUCCAAGAAUAAUAAGGAACGAAGUUAACUUCAGUGAAAGAAGUCAAUUUACCUUAUCAUUUUUCGGCCGUCCCGCAGGGAAGAAGAGUGAGCAUUGGCUUUCACAAAAAGAAAUGCAAUCUGCUCAUGUUCAUGUGCUGAUUAACUGCGUUGAAGUUAAACCAUAUCUUGAGGCAUUUGGUACCUACUAUUAUCAAAGCACAGGCGAACAACCAUCGACUGGUUACACACAUGCCUAUUUUCCAACAUGGUUUAAGCAGCAAUUAUCAUGUAUUGUUACACUAAGUCCUGACUUAAUACAUUUGCGAAAUUUGUCUGAAGGCCCUAGUCAACGUGUAAAUGAAUGGCACACAUAUUUUGUAAACGGUUACAAAUUUCACACUGAGGAAUGGAGUGUAGGGAAGAAAACCGUAAACAGUGGUGUAGUCGUAAAAGGAGUUACAGAGGGUGGUGAGGACGACUUCUAUGGGGUUAUCACACAUAUUUACGAGUUGGUUUAUAAUUAUAUGGACUCGGAAAAUAAAGUUGUCUUAUUUUAUUGUGAUUGGUAUGAUCCAUCUUCUAGAGGAACAAAAAUUGAUAAAAAGUAUAACACUGUUGAGAUUCGAAGAGAUAGAAAGUACAAAGAGUAUGACCCUUUCAUUAUGGCACAUAAUGUUAGGCAAGUUUAUUAUGUACCUUAUCCUUCAAUUACCCCACGGAAACGAGAAUGGUGUGUUGUAAUCAAGUCCAACCCAAUGGGUCACAUUGAGACUGAUGAGUUAAUGGAAGAUGUUGCAUACCAACAUGAUGAGAUUUCACCUGUUAAUGAGGUAAUUGAAACUGAGGAGAUUGUAAGUUUGUGUGAUACUGCAGUUGAGGGUCAACAAAUUGACGCAAGUAUCUUGUUGUCAACAAAUCCUAUGGAAGAAGAGAAUGAAGAGCUAGGAGAGUCUGAAGACAAUAAUAUCAGAUGCGAUGAAGACAACGAAGAUUAUGAUGAUGAAUGA